AUGGAUUUGGAUUCGGAUAUACAGAUGGAAGAUGCCGUCGAGCAAACACAACCAGAGGCCACAGGAAAGGAAGCGUCACUUUCUCAAUUCCCGAUAAACACGACCGACCCAACCACCCAGAGAAACAUGCUGGAUGGCUGGAUAGAACAACUGAGCCAAUGUAAACCAUUGAGUGAAGAGUCUGUCAAACAGCUUUGUGCGAUGGCUGUUGAGGUUGUGAAGAGUGAGGAGAACGUUCAACCGGUUCAGGUACCAGUCACCAUUUGUGGAGAUAUUCACGGACAGUUCCAUGAUUUGAUGGAACUGUUUAAGAUUGGAGGCCCUUGCCCAGAUACAAACUACUUGUUUAUGGGGGACUAUGUUGAUAGAGGGUAUUACUCAGUUGAGACGGUCAGCUAUUUGGUGGCUAUGAAAGUUAGGUACCCAAGAAGAAUUACUAUUCUUAGAGGAAAUCACGAGUCGAGGCAAAUUACACAGGUUUAUGGAUUUUAUGACGAAUGCUUUAGAAAAUAUGGUUCCGCUAAUGUUUGGAAGAUGUUCACCGACCUAUUCGAUUAUUUCCCGAUCACCGCAUUGGUUGACAACUCCAUUUUCUGUUUACACGGUGGCUUGUCGCCAAUGAUCGAGUCGAUCGAUCAGGUCAGGGAACUCAACAGAAUUCAAGAGGUUCCGCACGAGGGACCUAUGUGCGAUCUGUUGUGGUCUGACCCUGACGAUAGAGGAGGAUGGGGAAUUUCUCCUAGAGGUGCUGGUUUCACUUUUGGUCAGGACAUAUCCGAACAAUUCAACCACACGAACGGGCUUUCGCUUAUUGCUAGAGCUCAUCAACUGGUGAUGGAAGGUUACAGCUGGUCACAUCAGGAUUUGGUGGUUACCAUAUUUUCUGCACCAAACUACUGCUAUAGAUGUGGAAACCAGGCUGCAAUUAUGGAAGUUGACGAAAACCACAACAGAGACUUUUUGCAAUACGAUCCAUCCGUUCGCCCUGGUGAGCCUACCGUGACCAGAAAAACUCCAGACUAUUUCCUAUGA